UAAAAAAUAAAUAGAUUUAGUUAGAAAAAUAUGAAUCAAAACAAAUCUAUAUUUAUGAAAUAUGGUACAUUAAUAUUGAUUACUUUACAAACAACGAUACUUGUUUUAACAUUACGUUAUUCAAGAAAAAAUUCUAGUCAGGAUGAAGCCUAUUUCAAUAGUACAGCUGUGUUUCUUUCUGAAUUUGUUAAAUUUUUCAUCUGUAUGGCUGUAAUAAUUUAUUCGGAUUCUUUCCUCGGUUUAUAUUAUGUCUUUAGAGAUGAAGUGUUUGGUAAACCUAAAGAAUUGUCGAAAAUUUUAGUUCCAGCUUUUCUAUACACCGUACAGAAUAAUCUUUUAUUUCUUGCGCUAACCAAUUUGGAUGCAGCUACUUAUCAAGUCACUUAUCAAUUUAAAAUCAUUACAACUGCAUUAUUCUCUCGUUGGAUACUCAACAAAGAUCUUUCAAAUCGUCAAUGGUGUUCACUUUUCAUGUUAAUGCUUGGUGUUAUUCUUGUCCAAUGGCCUAAUGAUAAUCACCGAUCAUCAUCGAUUCAAAUGAACGAAAAUAGAUUGAUAGGUUUAAUUUCUAUAAUUCUAUCAUCAUUAUCAAGCGGAUUUUCGGGCGUUUAUUUUGAAAAAUUAAUCAAAGUAUCAAAAUCACAAUCAUUGUGGAUUAGAAAUCUACAGUUGGCAAUAUUAAGCUGUUUAUUUGCAUCAUUUACAAUCAUUGUUUAUGAUUUUAAUGAAAUUAAUUUGAAAGGAUUUUUCUAUGGCUAUAAUUCAUUAACCUAUAUGGUGAUUGGACUACAAGCAUUUGGCGGCAUUUGUGUUUCAUUGGUGAUGAAAUAUGCUGAUAAUAUCUUAAAAGGAUUUGCCACAACCAUAUCAAUAAUAUUGUCAUCAUUAUGUAGUCAUUUUAUAUUUGAUGAUUUUUCAUCAUCAUUGAAUUUCUUCAUUGGUGCUUCAUUGGUUGUCCUGUCUACUAUGUUAUAUUCGUUUUAGUUAUUUAUUUUUUCAAUUUUUUGUUUCGUAUUUAAA